AUGCCCAUGGUCACUCAGCAGUAUUGUCUCCCCGAUCUCUUUGCAAUCUGCCGCCGUAAAUGCUCCGUCAAUCCCCACUAUGAACGUGCUGGCGCGGAGUCUUCAGCUUGGGUAAUUAGCCAACAACUGUUUCCCAAUAAAAGACGACUCGCGUUUGUACUGGGAAAUAACGAGCUGUUGGCCUCGCGUGCCUACCCUCGCGCUGAUUACGACAGGCUCAGAACUUGUCUUGAUUUCAUCAACUUGCUAUUUGUGGUCGAUGAAAUUAGCGAUGAACAGUCGGGCGAGGACGCCUUGAAGACCGGCUUAAUAGUCAUUAAAACGAUGCAAGACCCCAGUUACGCUGACGAUUCUCAGGUCGCGAAGAUAACCAGGGAGUUCCGGGUCAGGCUCCUUCGUCAUGCACGUCCUAAUUUCCUGCGCCGCUUUUUAAAAACCUGGGAGGACUAUGCCAUUGCCUUCGCCCAAGAGGCGGAACUCCGCGAGAACGGCCAAGUCCUCGACGUUCAAGCAUACACCGAACUACGCAGGGAGAACAGCGGUGUCCGUCCGUGCUUCCACCUAAUUGAAUACGCAGCGGGCUCCGACAUACCAGACGAAGUUUUCGCCAAUCCCACGUUCGAGGAUCUCUUUCUAUGUGCACUGGACAUGAUUAGCUGGUCGAACGAUCUGUAUUCGUAUAACGUCGAACAGUCGAAAGGACAAGACGGCAACAACAUCAUUAGAGUGCUCAUGGAAGAAAGGAAUCUCAGCUUGCAAGAGGCAUGCGAUUAUGUCGGAGUAUACUUUCAAGACCUCAUGGAUCGCUUCCAAAGUAGCCGACAAAAGCUACCGUCGUGGGGAGUAAAGACGGACAAGGCCGUCUCGGAUUUCCUCGAUGGCUUGGAGAACUGGGUUGCGACCAACUUGGAGUGGAGUUUCCUCACGCAGAGGUACUUUGGCCCAAGCGUGGCAGAAGUGAGGCAGACGCGGCUCGUCACACUUCAGCCAAAGGUACACGGAAAUUCACGCUGA